UGGCUGCCACGAAGCGCAAUGCCGGAUUAACGUCAGCUGUACCUCGAGCAACAUUGAAUGACGAAGAACUGAAAAUGCACGUCUACAAGAAGGCUCUACAAGCGCUUAUAUACCCAAUCUCCUCGACAACACCCCAUAAUUUCGUGCUAUGGACAGCGACAUCACCAACGUAUUGUUACGAAUGUGAGGGACUAUUGUGGGGCAUCGCCCGACAAGGAGUUCGCUGUACAGAAUGUGGUGUCAAGUGUCAUGAAAAAUGCAAAGACCUUCUAAAUGCUGAUUGUCUCCAAAGAGCUGCAGAAAAGAGCUCAAAACAUGGAGCAGAAGACAAGGCCAAUUCGAUUAUAACAGCUAUGAAGGAUCGCAUGAAGCAGCGCGAGCGGGAAAAACCAGAAAUUUUUGAAUUAAUACGGGCGGUAUUCGGCGUAGAAGAGAAAAGUCACACAGGUCACAUGAAAGCAGUUAAACAAAGCGUUUUGGAUGGUACUAGCAAAUGGUCGGCAAAAAUUGCAAUAACAGUGAUUUGUGCUCAAGGCCUGAUAGCGAAGGAUAAAAGCGGUACCAGUGAUCCCUAUGUGACGGUGCAAGUUAGCAAGGUGAAAAAGCGUACACGUACAAUGCCACAGGAGUUAAAUCCUGUGUGGAACGAGAAGUUUCACUUCGAAUGUCACAAUUCUUCGGACCGGAUAAAGGUUCGCGUUUGGGAUGAAGACAACGAUUUGAAAUCGAAAUUGCGACAAAAGUUAACUCGGGAAUCGGAUGAUUUUUUGGGUCAGACCAUCAUAGAAGUGCGCACACUUUCUGGAGAAAUGGACGUCUGGUACAAUUUGGAGAAGCGUACCGACAAAUCAGCGGUGUCUGGAGCCAUACGCCUGCAUAUCUCUGUCGAAAUAAAAGGCGAGGAGAAAGUCGCUCCGUACCAUGUUCAGUACACAUGUUUGCAUGAAAAUCUCUUUCACUAUUUGUGCGAAGAAAACGGUGGCAUGGUAAAAUUGCCCCAACAAAAAGGUGACGACGCUUGGAAGCUAUAUUUUGAUGAAAUACCGGAGGAGAUCGUCGACGAGUUCGCGAUGCGCUAUGGUAUUGAAAACAUUUACCAGGCAAUGACACAUUUUCAUUGCCUAUCCACUAAGUAUUUAUGUCCUGGAGUUCCAGCUGUGAUGAGUACGUUAUUAGCGAAUAUAAAUGCUUAUUACGCGCACACGACUGCAUCAUCGGCCGUAUCUGCUAGUGAUCGCUUCGCCGCAAGUAAUUUCGGGAAAGAGAAAUUCGUUAAGUUAUUGGAUCAGCUGCACAAUUCGCUACGUAUUGACUUAUCCAUGUAUCGCAACAAUUUUCCUGCAUCCAGUCAAGAAAAACUAAUGGAUCUUAAGUCAACUGUUGACUUAUUGACCAGUAUCACAUUUUUUCGCAUGAAGGUGCAAGAACUGUCUAGCCCUCCACGAGCGAGUACAGUGGUCAAGGAUUGCGUAAAAGCUUGUCUUAGAUCCACCUAUCAAUUCCUCUUCGAAAAUUGUUAUGAACUCUAUAAUAGGGAAUUUCAGGUGGAUCCAAACGAAGCAAAACGUGACUCUGACGACCACGGCCCUAAGUUGGAUAAUGUUGAUUUUUGGCAUAAGUUAAUCGCACUAAUUGUCUCCGUUAUCGACGAGGAUAAAAACAGCUAUGGCAACGUACUGAAUCAAUUCCCACAAGAAUUGAAUAUAGGACAGCUCUCAGCAGCGACGAUGUGGGGUCUAUUCGCGGUCGAUAUGAAGUAUGCAUUGGAAGAGCAUGAACAACAUCGCCUUUGCAAAUCGUCAGCAUAUAUGAAUCUACAUUUUCGGGUAAAAUGGCUUUACAGUAAUUAUGUGAAGGAGGUCCCACCAUACAAGGGAGCUGUUCCUGAAUAUCCCGCCUGGUUCGAGCCGUUUGUCAUGCAAUGGUUAAAUGAAAACGACGAUGUGUCGUUAGAAUAUCUACAUGGUGCGUUCAAUCGUGAUAAGAAAGAUGGGUUCCAAAAGAGCAGCGAGCAUGCCUUAUUUUCAAACUCAGUCGUUGAUGUAUUUACUCAAUUGACGCAGUGUUUCGAUGUUGUUAGCAAACUCGAAUGUCCGGAUCCAGAAAUCUGGAAGCGUUACAUGAGACGUUUUGCUAAAACAAUCGUAAAAGUUCUGAUCGCGUACGCUGAUAUCGUCAAAAGAGAAUUCCCUGAGCAUUUGAAAGAUGAAAGAAUUGCGUGCAUACUUAUGAACAAUAUACAACAACUGAGAGUUCAAUUGGAGAAAAUGUUUGAAUCAAUGGGCGGUGAUAAGCUGGAGGAAGACGCUGCAAAUAUUUUAAAAGAAUUACAACAAAAUCUUAACUCAGCAUUGGAUGACUUAGCAUCACAAUUUGCUGUUAGCCUCGAACCACGUAUAACACAGUCAGUACGAGAACUAGGAGAUCUGCUGCUCUCUAUAAAAGGUGGCGGUAAUAUUAAUUCCAAUCAAGCGGCGCAGAGGAAUGCGGUUGCUGUUGAAGCUGAUGAAGUACUUCGGCCACUAAUGGAUUUGUUGGAUGGAUCACUAACCCUUUAUGCUCAAUCCUGUGAGAAGACAGUACUCAAACGGUUACUCAAAGAGCUAUGGAAGAUUGUUAUGCGUAUUCUAGAAAAGACUAUCGUAUUACCUCCAAUGACUGAUAAAACUAUGAUGUUUAAACAUCUAACGGACAAUGCUAAGAAUCUUGCAUCGAAUGCCAAAAUCGAAGACAUGGGUAGACUAUUCAAAAGUCAUAUGGCCGGUAAGCAAGAUGUGAAAAGCGCUCUUAGUGGUGUAAUGGACAUAUCCAAAGAAGUGGAAAAGAAUUUAUCACCUAAACAAUGUGCUGUACUUGAUGUAGCUUUAGAUACCAUAAAGCAAUAUUUCCAUGCUGGUGGUAAUGGGCUAAAAAAGACGUUCCUCGAAAAAUCAUCAGAGCUGCAAAGUUUACGAUACGCCUUAAGUUUAUACACACAAAUGACGGAUACGCUUAUUAAGACUUUUAUUUCGAGUCAAGUACAUGAAAUUGAUCCAGAAAAUCAGGAAGAAAGCGUCGGUGAAAUAUCAGUACAAAUUGACCUGUUCUCGCAUCCCGGUACCGGCGAGCAUAAAGUUAAUGUUAAAGUAGUUGCAGCGAAUGAUCUCAAAUGGCAAAUUGCUUCGGGCAUGUUUCGCCCGUUUAUUGAAAUUAAUUUAAUAGGACCUCAUUUACAGGAUAGGAAGCGCAAAUUCGCUACAAAAUCCAAAUCCAACAACUGGUCACCAAAGUACAAUGAAACCUUUAAUUUCACAAUCGGCAACGAGGAGCAGCUGGAGUUUUUCGAAUUACAUAUCUGUGUAAAGGACUAUUGCUUUGCUAGAGAAGAUCGCCUAGUAGGUGUUGCUGUCAUACCCCUCAAAGAUAUAUCGGAGAAGGGUUCGGUAGCCUGUUGGCUACCCUUACAACGUCGUAUACAAAUGGACGAGACGGGCUGGACUAUUUUACGUAUUUUAUCACAACGUAAUAAUGAUGAGGUGGCCAAGGAGUUUGUCAAACUUAAAUCGGAAAUACGCCAAGAACCCAUAAUGGGUACAUAACUUGGCGAAGUAAUUACUAUAACUACUAUAACGGAAAACUUCAAAAUAACAUAAAAAAGUUAGUAAAUUUAAUUCAAGAAGUAUGCUGUAAAAAUCACAAUUAAUGUAAAAAUGUAAUAAGAUAUACAUACAUUUAAUAUAUUGUAAUAAUAUUGGAAAUAAAUAGUAACAAUAUUAA